CGCGGAGCCGUGUGAGUGUUUUCGGGAAUUCCAGUCAUUUGUGGCUGGAGAAACAAAAGCCAGGGGGUCGGUGGUGUAUCAACUGUCGACCGGUAAAAGAGAGGGGCUUUUUUCUUCUUUUUUUUUUGUCUCUUACAUAUGUUCACUGAAGGCUCAGCUGGACCGCACCCAUCUCAACACACACACACACACACACACACACACACACACACGCACACACACACACACACACAAACACACGCUGUAGAAGGCAACACUCGGGUUGAGGUUGUUGACCCUCCUGUGUCUGAAGGUCACAGGUUCAGUCCACUAAGUCCACUUAACUACAACGGCAAACAGAGAAAAACACACACCUCCAACAGACGUGCACUUCUUGACAAUCUUGGGCAGUAAGGCGACUCAAAGCCUCCUGGAAGCUUUGGGGUUUUUAAACAGUGCUCUUUGAAGACUUGAGAACAAGAAUCGAUUAUACGAAAAGACACCGUCUUUCCCUCGGGUUUCCCUCAGGGCCUCCGCCGCUGUUGGCCCCAGGUGGGGCCAUUAAUCUCAAAAGUGUUCAAUAUAAGUCUAGGAGGGUGAUGUCAUAUCUCUGGUUACAUAAUGGCUCGCCUGCCUAUCUAUUUACGUAUAUGCCAUGGAGCUGUCUGCGUAUGAAAAAUAAUAUGUAAUUUGAUGGGAGUGUACUUUCAAACAUGUUGCUGCUGUUGACUGAAGUUGACUCACGUUCUAGUCCAGUUGAAGUCUAAUGUAAAAAAAAAUCAGCCAGGUUUUACUUCUCUAUGCCAACUCUGUUGACAAAACCAUCAAUGUGUGUUUUACAUGUAGAUGUGUGAAAUUUCCUUUCGGCCACUGAACCAAAAUGAUCAGGACAAUGUUUUUUUGACUGGACUUUUUGAGGGAAGAACACAGGAAGGGGUUGUUCUUUUUUGUCAUCUAACCUCAAGUCAAGGCCCAAAAUCAAUUAAUUCUAAUUAAAUUUGUUGUGGCAAUGAAGUGGCAACUUUGGUGAACUUUGACCCCCUGAACUGCCCGGACAGUGCUGACAGAGCUGCAGUGUCCAAAAUAGAGAGAGCUACUGUAGCUUAUUAGCUGUGUCACAACGUUCGCUGUUGUAUAACCUCUUCUGUUUGAGGAUAAAGUGCUGCACAAAACACAUUUGUAUCCACAGUGUUAUAUUAUUCAGUGUUAUCGGAUGUAGUCAGUUGCCAUAUUCUCUACCAUCACUUUGGAAUAUUCCCAUUCAAAUAAUAUGGAUUUUUUUUUAAACAUUUGAACCCUUCAGCAAUGUCACAGUAAUGUAUGUGAUUGACUCAAACAAUGUCACCGGCUCUGAGAGCACAAGACCAGACUAGUCUGUCCACUGUCAUGGUGUUGAUGCUCAGAAACAUUUUCUUGUGGCAGGUACACAAUCCGUUCCUUAUCCUAAACAUUCAUCUUCCUCUUUCGCACAAUGCAAUUGCACAACAGCUGAGGGGCUUGUCUCUGCCUGUUGUGAGAUACCUUCCACUCUUGCAUUCUUGCCUGGUGGCUUUUUGGCUGUUUGUGUGCACGGUAAUGCAAGCUUCUGCUUGUAGAUGCCAAAACAUCCAGCCCUGUAGGUCCUGCAAAUCAGUACAGCAACCAUAUAUAUUAAAAAAAAAGACACUCUAUGAAGAUACUUGAAACUUUCUCUUAAUUGGGUUCUGGAAUCCCUGAAAUAUGGAAUAUGAGUCAAGCCCUUUUUUUGAUUCGACAUAGAAAUUAAUCCAUUUUGUGAAAAUACACAAAAAUCAAUCCGGAAUAAUAGAUUAAACCCAUCACAUGGCAGUACAAGGACCUGAAACAAUAAGAUUCACGAUCAAUCUCUCAUGUAUGGUGCUCAUGUUGGACAUUUUGCUUUAUCCUCCAUCCCACAAAGAUAACAUAUCAAUCAAAAUAAAUUCAACAAAAACAAAAAUCCCAAAAAACUAGCUGUCACACGUCAGUGUAAAUUCCACUGCUGGUAAACUAAUCCCACACCUUCAUCGUCACAUUGUGGGUCUCUGAGACUGUAGCACCAUCUAGAGGUGGAGUCAGGUAGUGACACUGUUUGGAAAAUAUUCAACAUGGCGGCUUCCUUGUAGACGUUUUUUGGCGAUUGCUGCGUGAAGAAGCUGGAAACCAUGACGCUGUUCAGACACCAUGGAUGCCAGAGAAAUAAUCCAGUGUGUGCGGCAGAUGGAGAAGUUCACCGCAGACAGACACUAUGGGGACAUCUUGACCCUCCUCGGUGACCUUGACAGGUCGCAGGUCACAGCAGAGCAGCUGGAGAUGACGGACAUCGUCAAAGUUCUCUAUAUGGUCCUGAAAACCUGCUCCGACGGCGGCGUGAAGAAGACAGUUAAGGGUUUGUUGUCCAAGUGGAAAAGACAAUACACCAAAGAGGCACGAGGAGGGAAAUGCUCGGGGGACAGACGUGUGUCCGAUCAGGGGGGCUCCCACUCUGGUUCCUCACAGGCAGGUAGCAGGCAGGCCGCUGCAGAGCAAGAAGCUUUGUCCACGUCGGAAAAAGACGACCUCCGGACUCUGACUUCCACUGCCGAGAACACAUCCGCAUCUUCAGAUUUCCCAUCUGUAAGAGCCAAAUGUGCCCAGCUGCUCCUCGCCGCCCUCAGCCCCAACGCACCUGAUCAGGACGCGGCUACACAGCUGGCUGGAGACAUCGAGCAUCACGUCCACGAGCGCCACAAAUCCAGUCGAGUCAAAUACAAAACCUGCGUGAGGAGCAAGGUAGCCAACUUAAGGAAUCCUAAAAAUGGUCACCUAUGUCAGGGCCUGCUGAGCGGCUCCCUGUCGCCCGAAGCCUUCGCCCGGAUGUCGGCAGAGGAGAUGGCCGGCGCAGAGCUGCGGCAGCUCAGAGAGGAGUUCUCAUCUCGCGGUGUGAGCGAGAGGCAGCUCCCUCAAGCGGUGGAAGGGACGCAGACGCAGAAGAUUUGCUGCAAAAGAUGCGGAGGGUCGGACUGUAGAGUGACGCAGGUGUCCAGGGGUGCCCUCUUCUUGCCCGCGUGGGUGAGGCGUGGUGCCCCUGAUGAGGAUGCAAUGACCUUUGUGACCUGCAGUGGGUGUGGGCAGCAGUGGUACCACAGUGCCUGGGCCUGUCUCUAAAUUCAAGUGUCACUGUUAUUGUGUUGAUCAGCUGAUUAUUUUCUCACUGAAAAAUGGUUUGGUUCAUAAAUGUCAGAAAAAAUGUCACACUUUACUUCUGUCCCAAGUUGAUUUUGUUUUUCAUUUUUCGGACUGACAGGUCAACCCCCCAAAAUGUUCAACGUCGACAAUAGUUUCAGCUCUUUCACUUUGUGAAACCACUCUCAUUUUAGUGGUUUUCCUGUUUUCAACACAGAUUAAAUGUUUUAUAUAUUGGCGGACACUUUUAUAACCAAUCACAACAAUCUUAAAAGAGUUGAAAACAUUAUGGUCAAGGUUUAGCAGCUAGUUUCUUCAUAUGAUGAUAGUGCUGUUGAAAUGUUUUUUUUAAUGCUCAUAUUAUUUUAUUGUUGCAUGGCAGAAUGUGGAAUUUAAAGCCUUCGGCUCAACUGGAGUUAAGUCGCUGCCUAACUACAGCUGCAGACUUGAAAAACCACAACUUUUCACGAGGCAGCUCUCGUCAUCUCCUUUUCCCGCAGAAUCAUUUCCUGUAUCCUCCACUCGCUCUAAUUGCCCAUCAGCUUCCUUAACGGUAGCUCACUAAAGCUGCUCUUCCUGGCUCCUCUCUCUCAUUUGAUGUGUAGGAACAAUGUGAAGCCACUGACAUUAAGCUUUGCCCUCACUAAUGUAUAAUUUUAGUGAUAUAUAAGGGGCGGAAGGUGGAUUCUGUUGCACUUAUUGUAAGCCAUUCGGGCUAUGAAUGCUGGGUAAAUUCAUUUAAAAGGGAAAGAAAGAAAACACUGCAUUCAUUUGGAGUGGAUGAGACAUGUGACCUUAGAAAACUGUGAGCAUGUGAGUCAGUAAUCUCUUUUCAUGCCCCAACCCAUGUUAAGAGAUAUUGCAUAAAACAGUGACAUAGGUCAUUUAACCUUGUGUUUCCCAUGAUGUUUUGGGGUCAUGCCCCCGGGCACAAGUGAUGACCCCAGGGUCAUCUUGUGACCCCUCAUUUAUUUCUUUGAGGGACUCUCACAAUAAAGCUCCCAAUUUAACCCACA